GCGCAUGUCGAAUUCGUCAUUCAUCGUUCGCUUGGCCGACAUCGCGGAACAUUCUUUUUUCCGCAUCUACUAAUUUUGCCAACGAGAUACAGCAAUUACAAUAAUACAAAAUGCCUAACCAGGUGUUGACUAUAGAGCCGCCAAACGAGCUUAAGUUUAAAGGACUGUUUGAGCAAGGGUAUACCACCUACAUGCGACUGAUAAAUCCAAGCACUGAGACAGUACUCUUCAAGAUCAAAACUACUGCACCUAAGAAAUAUUGCGUGCGACCCAACUCUGGAGUGCUUGAGCCGAAUUCCAAAGUUGAAAUAGCAAUUACACCACAGCCCGUUUAUGUUGAUCAAAAUGAAAAACAUAAACAUAAGUUCAUGGUUCAAAGUGUUAUUGCACCAGAGGGGAAGACCAACUUAGAGCAAGUGUGGAAAGAGAUCAGCCUUGAUCAGCUCAUGGAUUACAAGCUGAAAUGCGUGUUUGAGUCACCCCGCAAUUUGAACGACGCCGGCGAUAACGUCGCGCAGAACGAAGUGACGAAGAAACGAGUGGCCGUGGCCGAUGAGGCCAAGUCGACAACAAAGGACGCUGUAGAAAGUCUCAUCCAAAAUGAGGCAAAGCGGAAGGAUGAUGACCACACAUCUGGAAAUUUAAGCGCGAAAACGGUAUCAUUUUGUAUUUUUUUAAUUUUUCAAUAACUGCGACACGUGCAGACGACGCUUCCCAAGUGUUCAUUCGUGUUUUUUUUUUGUUUUCAAUUAAAUGGCAGAAGUAUGAACGGUACAAGCAAGUUAAUUUAAUAGACGAUUGGCUUGUCUUGAUUUCUUGUUCGACACCACGUUAAAUUUAUACAUGUUGCCUUCACAUGCUGGCCUUUGAACUGGUAUUAGCAUUUUUGGUAAAGCUAUAGUCAGUAAUACAGGAACAAUAGACGAAGCAAUUUUAAGGCAAACCUAUUUCGAAUUGCACUAUUGUCAAGCGUACGUACCUACGAACGUAACUAUGAUAUAGUUUAUACAUGGAACUGACGGCAUCCUGCUUUGUGCAAAGGCUUUCCGCUAUUGAAGAUACAAUUGCGAACAUCCUUCGUGUGGCUUUCAACUGAAUCUUCUAUCUAUAUAUAUAAAAGA